AGCAGAGCAGAGCAUCUUGGCUUUAGGCGCUGCCAUAUAAGGAUAGAAAGCUCUCGAAUGAGCAAAAUACACCACAACCUUCUCUAAAAUAUAACAUGAAUAUAGUUUUAUAUCUACACACUUACGCUUCUCUAUCCUGACAUAUAAAGACUACAUUUCCCGUGUUGACUGUGGCCCUAUGACGUUGAAUUUUUGCGCCGGUCUUUACAACCGUUGAGGAGAUCUCUAUUAGCUACAUGGUUGAUACAAUAUACUAAGUAGUCACCAUGGUGAUGAAGUCAGCAGUUGAGGAUGAUGAUGCUGGCUGGGGGCUGGGCAUCCCAGAAAAGAUGAAGAACAAUGCCAACUGGGUUGAUAUCACACAUGAAUUUAAGGGCGCAUGCAAAGAGUUGAACCUCGGAGAGUUGCUUCAUGACAAACUGUUUGGCCUGUUUGAGGCCAUGUCAGCCAUAGAGAUGAUGGAUCCUAAGAUGGAUGCAGGAAUGAUUGGAAACCAGGUCAACAGGAAAGUGCUCAACUUUGAACAAGCUAUCAAGGAAGGUGCCAUUAAGGUGAAGGACCUCAGUCUCCCUGAACUCAUCGGAAUCAUAGACACAUGUUUUUGCUGUUUGAUCACGUGGCUGGAGGGUCAUUCUCUAGCGCAGACUGUAUUCACCUGUCUGUACGUCCACAAUCCCGACCUGAUUGAAGAGCCAGCCCUCAAAGCCUUCGCCCUGGGCAUCCUGAAGGUGUGUGACAUCGCCCGGGAGAAAGUCAACAAGGCUGCUGUGUUCGAGGAGGAGGAUUUCCAGGCAAUGACCUAUGGCUUCAAGAUGGCCAACAAUGUCACAGACCUGCGGGUGACAGGUAUGCUGAAAGAUGUGGAGGACGAGUUACAGAGGAAAGUCAAGAGCACACGCAGUCGACAGGGUGAGCAACGUGACCCAGAGGUUGAGCGAGAGCAUCAGCAGUUUUUGGCACUUUUCAACAGAAUCAAGUUCACACGCCUCCUACUGACCGCACUGAUCACCUUUACCAAGAAAGAGACCAGCUCAGUGGGUGAGGCCCAGAAGCUCGUGGCUCAGGCAGCUGACCUCUUAUCAGCCAUUCAUUCCAGUAUUCAGCACGGCAUCCAGUCACAGAAUGACACCACUAAAGGAGACCACCCCAUCAUGAUGGGCUUUGAGCCCUUGGUAAACCAGAGACUGCUGCCACCCACCUUUCCUCGCUACGCCAAGAUCAUUAAGAGGGAGGACAUGGUGGCCUACUUCAGCAAACUUAUAGAGCGCAUCAAGACUGUCUGUGACGUGAUCAACACCACCAACCUGCACGGCAUACUGGACUUCUUCUGUGAGUUCAGUGAACAGUCUCCGUGUGUGCUCUCCAGAUCUCUACUCCAGACAACGUUCCUGAUAGAUAACAAAAAAGUGUUUGGGACCCACUUGAUGCAGGACAUGAUUAAAGAUGCUCUGAGAUACUUCGUCAGCCCACCUGUCCUCUCCUACAAGUGCUGUCUGUUCAACAACCACCAAGCCAAGGACUACAUUGACUCCUUUGUUACACACUGCUCCAGGCCGUUCUGCAGUCUGAUCCAGAUCCAUGGACACAACCGAGCUCGACAGAGAGACAAGCUGGGUCACAUUCUUGAAGAGUUUGCCACACUGCAGGAUGAGGCGGAGAAGGUGGAUGCAGCUCUGCACAGCUUGCUCAUGAAACUUGAGCCUCAGCGACAGCAUCUAGCCUGUCUCGGGACCUGGAUCCUCUACCAUAACCUGAGGAUUAUGAUCCAGUACCUGCUGAGCGGCUUUGAACUGGAGCUGUACAGCAUGCAUGAGUACUACUACAUCUACUGGUAUCUGUCGGAGUUCCUUUACGCCUGGCUGAUGUCCACUCUGAGCAGAGCCGACUCCUCUCAGAUGGCAGAGGAGCGGAUUAUGGAGGAGCAGGUGAAAGGACGCAGCAGCAAAAAGACCAAGAAGAAGAAAAAAGUUCGCCCUCUGAGCAAAGAGAUCACCAUGAGCCAAGCGUACCAGAACAUGUGUGCCGGCAUGUACAAGACUAUGGUAGCUUUGGAUAUGGACGGGAAGGUGCGUAAGCCUCAGUUUGAGUUGGACAGCGAGCAGGUUCGCUACGAGCAUCGCUUUGCCCCCUUCAACAGUGUGGUCACGCCCCCACCAGUGCACUACAUCCAGUUCAAGGAGAUGUCAGAUCUGAAGAAGUACAAUCCUCCGCCAGGCUCCGCUGACCUCUACAUGGCCGCCAGCAAACACUUCCAGCAGGCCAAGCUCAUCCUAGAAAAUGUGCCCAGCCCCGACCCUGAGGUGAACCGUAUACUGAAGGUGGCCAAGCCCAACAUCGUAGUUAUGAAGCUCCUGGCUGGAGGGCACAAGAAGGAGACCAAGGUGCUCCCAGAAUUUGACUUCUCAGCUCACAAGUACUUUCCUGUGGUCAAGAUUAUCUGAUGCUGCUCUGCACCGCCGGUUGAUUAUGAGAGCGUAAUCAAAAAGACCAUCAGCCGCAAAGACUGUACCCUCACUUGAACAAGUGUGCAAUGGCCCUGAUCCAGUCCAAGUCUGAACAACGUGUGUAUGUGAUACACCUGACUGUAAAGUUGUGCAAAGGAGUGUUUGAUACACCCAAUUCUUUUUUUCACCUGAAUGAGAUGAAACCAGACCAGAGAAUUCACAACUGGACCUAAAUGACUGACAAUAUCCACAUCUGCAUCUGUGACAGUCUGUUUGUGUGUGUGUGUGUGUGUGUGUGUGUGUGUGUGUGUGUGUGUGUGUGUGUGUGUGUCUGUGUGUCUGUGUGUGUCUGUGUGUGUCUGUGUGUGUCUGUGUGUGUCUGUGUCUGUGUCUGUGUCUGUGUCUGUGUCUGUGUCUGUGUGCGCGCGCACGAGAGUCAGACACAAGUGGAGGUGCUUUUGCAAGAAGAACUGGCCAAUGGAAAAUUUUCUAAGCUGCCUUCUGAACAGUUUUGUGAAGGCUUUAAAAGAAGAGCUGUAACAACGAGUGCAUAUCAUCUGAUCAUAUGGAAACCUUUCUAUGUAUUUAUGUGCUUAUCUGAAUGAAAACAUUUGGAUGGAAAAGUCUACAGCAUCUUGUUUUACCUCAUAUGGCAGUUUCAUGUGAAUACUGUGGCAUCUGCAUUGUGAAACCUAGACAGGACAGUCUGCAGAGAAGAACCAUUCACAGGGUUUACAUUGUUGUAAGUGCAGAAUAACUAACUAACAGCAGUAGGAAAGAUGCUUUCAAGGCCAGGGAACCAUCUGCACUGCUUCCUCAAACCAGUACCAACAACCGUCACACAUAUAAAGAACAUCAGAAAACAUCUUUACUUAUUUUGAUGUUUAACUCCUUGCUGGAACAGAAUUUCACGCUUUUUUUAAGACAAUAAAAAUCUGUUUAACUUACUCAAAAUUACAUUUUAAGAAAAUUCAACGUGAAAACCUUGACGUGUGUGAGGUACAUAAAAAAGAUAAGGUAUAUGAGUUAACUUAUUUUAAGUGUGUUCAUAAAGUACGCUUAAACAUGAUGAUCAGGCUUCACGUCUUUGUUGUCCUCUGAUUUUAUUUAGACAUCUAGUAAACUGAGUGACAUCAUUAAAAAUGAAUAUACAUGUACAGCUGACUAAAUUUCAGCUCCUUUUGUACAAUAUUAGGGACACCUUGUUAGUACCAGGUUGGACACCUUUUGCCUUCAGAGCUUCCUUAAUUUUUCGUAGCAGAGAUUCAACAAGGUGCUGGAAACUCAGAUGUUGGUCCAUAUUGACAUGAUAGCAUCACACAGUUGCUGCAGAUUUGUCGGCUGCACAUCCAUGAUGUGAAUCUCCCGUUCCACCACAUCCCAAAGGUGCUCUACUGGAUUGAGAUCUGGUGACU